UGUGGAGUUCGAUUGAGUGAACAGCAUACUAGCCUGCCGCAUAUGCAGCUAAAGAGAUAAAUUUCUAGCUAAGAUUCACAGAGCAGCAGGAUGAGCAACAUUGUGCAGUAUAUUGUGGUGAGGAGUGAUCUGCGCUCCACACUCAAUUGGCCGCUGGGUGCGGUGAUCGCACAAUGCUGCCAUGCGACGGCGGCGGUGAUGAGUCUCCACACGGAGGAUGAGGAUACGCAGGCGUAUCUCAAGGAUCUGGACAACAUGCACAAGGUGGUGCUGGAGGCCAAGGAUGAGGCCGCAUUGCUCAAGCUCAGCGAGAAGCUAAAGGAGAACGAGAUCAAGCAUAAAUUGUGGAUCGAACAGCCUGAAAAUACACCCACUUGUCUGGCCAUCAAACCCUAUGUAAAAGAUGCGAUCCACAAAUAUGUAAAGCAUCUGAAGCUACUCAAGUGACUUAGGCAACAAACUGAUAUCUGAUAUUAGCAUAUCCAGCUGGCAUUUGUUCAUUAUUAAACUAAAGAUUUUAGAUAGUUUGUUCUUAAUGAUGUAAAAAUAAAAACUAAAUUAUCCUCAAAUAUCAAUCUUAA